AUGGCAGCCGCAGGUGUAUCGGCUGGUGUCAAGAAUUUAGAGGAACGGAUCAAGGUUGAGCAGCUCAAGGUCGCACUGGAAGAGAUCUUCUCGGAAUUCGGCAAUGUGCUCGAGAUUGUCGCGAAGACCAACCUGAAGGCCAAGGGCCAGGCGUUUAUCGUCUUUGACAGCGUCGAUGCCGCAACCCGCGCCAUUGACGAGGUGAACGGCUUCGAGCUCUUUGACAAGCCAAUGGUUCUGGAUUACGCGAAGACUCGAAGCGAUGCUACAGUUCUCCGCGAAGGUGGCUCCGAGGAGCUGGAGGCUCACAAGCGGAAACGCUUAGCUGAGAAAGAACGCCAACAAGCGCACGAUGCCCUCGAGGCCCAGAAGAAGCUCAAGCGUCCGGCCGCCGCGCCUAUCGACACCACACGCCCGGCAAAGACCACGAAGGGCGCCGGUCUCAAGCCUACCUCCGGUGCUACGACUGCUGUUAUUCCCGAUGAGUAUCUGCCUCCCAACAAGAUUCUCUUCCUGCGGGAUCUGCCCGACGACGCUAGCCAGGAGGGUCUUGCGGCGGUCUUUGGUCGUUUCGAAGGAUUCCAGGAAGUCAGAAUGGUACCCGGCCGCAAGGGCAUUGCAUUCGUCGAGUAUGAGACCGAGUCAGGUGCUAUUAGUGCGAAGGAGGCUACGGCAGGUAUGCCCAUGGGAGAGCAGAGCAAGCCAAUUCGUGUCACGUUCCAGCGGCAGUAA